AUGAUAGCUUUUAAGAAUAUUGGAUUAGACAUAAAUUUUAAUUAUUUGAAUUCAAGAUCAUCAAAUUCAAAUUCUAACAUUAAUUCCAACACCAAUUCUAGUACUAACCCUUUACCUUUAUUUAACAAACCACCUACUGUUGCCUCUAAUGCAUCGGCUCAACGUCAUGCAUUGGAAUUAACUCAAGAAGCAAAAUCUAAGAUUGAUGAAUAUAAAUGUCUAUUGAUUUAUACUAGUGACAAGGACCUUCGAUAUCAAAUCUAUGGAAAAUUAAAGAAUACCCAUGAAACUAUUGCACAAAAAAAAAAGCAUUUCAAUUUGCUUCAAAGUCAUGCCACGGCUUAG